AUGACUAUUCUGGAAAAUAUGUUCCAACCUGUGGCCUUUCUAUCUGGAGUUGUAAACGAUGAUAUCAAUAUAUGUAAGCGGAAAAGAACACUGGAAAAGAAUAGUACAAUUCAAACUCCAGUACGAUGUCCGAGUGUAAUACAAUUGGGAAAAUUUGAAGUGGAGACUUGUUAUUCAUGUCCAUUUCCACAGGAGGAGAAUUCUCCGAGAUUAAUAUUUUGUGAAUUUUGUUUAAAAUACACUAAAUGUCAAUCGAUUUUGGAAAGACAUAUGCGACACUGUAAUUGGAGAACACCACCAGGCACAGAAAUUUACCUAAGUGGAGAUUUAAGCGUUUUUGAAGUUGACGGAAAAGUAGAUAAAACGUAUUGCGAAACACUAUGUCGAUUGGGAAAAUUAUUUUUGGACCUAAAAACUCUGGACUUUGGCGUUGAACCGUUCUUAUUUUACAUUGUGACGAAAAACGACGGUUUUGGCUGUCAUUUGGUUGGUUAUUUUUCAAAACUCAAACAAAAUGAAGAAAAUUUUAAUGUAGCUUGUAUCGUAAUCAUGCCACAGUACCGAAGACAAGGGUAUGGACGAAUUCUCAUCGAAUUCAGUUAUCUUCUAUCUAGAAUUGAAAAUCAACCAGGUACGCCAGAAAAACCACUUUCCGGUUUGGGUAAAAUGUCAUACGAUGCGUAUUGGAAAGGUGUCAUUCUACAAUAUUUACAUCAACACAGAGGCAUUGACAACAUCUGCAUCAAUGAUAUUAGCAGUGAAACUGGUUUAAUGAGACAAGAUAUUAUAAACACUUUCCAAUCUCUGCACAUGGUUGUGGAAAUCUAUAAAGAAAUGACAAUUUGUAUAGACUGGAAUGUUGUAGAUUCUCACAUAAAGAAGAAAAUUGAAUUAAACCAAGUUCACAUUGCUCCCGAUAGGUUGAAGUGGACACCAUCAAAUUUAUCGGAUGGCCAAAACCUGCAGUUUUCAUCAAGUGCAUUCCAAGUGGCUAACCCUAGUGUACGUGUGUGCGGCCGGCAUGUACCUGGUUUACACGUCGCCACUGAUGAUCGUGUCGUGCGCUUCGUGCCUUGUGUUCGACAUGGCCGUAUUCGAUAUGUUAACAUUUCGAAGAACCCCUUACGUGUAUUCCACGGACAGUGGGUUAGGUUAGCCCUAACUCUAGUGUACGUGUGCGCGGCCGGCAUGUACCUGGAUACACCCGGCUUACGCGGUCAACACUAUAUCACGCUCACCGUCACGAUGUUCCUGGCCUCCAAGAUUUACACUAUGCUGGCCGACGACGGUGGCAUGUACCGCAACUAUCCGAUAUCGUCGCUGUUCUGCCUCACGUCCAUAGUCAUCUGCUCCCUGUGGCUUACCGAGAUCAAGGGCAAGACGUUUGCUGCCAUACAGGAUCAGCUCAAGAAGGCGGACGAUUUGGUCUGA